AUGCAUUGCACAACGGGCCGAUGUUUUCGUCGUUGCCUAGUGUACUUGGAAUCAGAUAAAGACCCUGCAACGAAUCUCAAUGGUCAGGGCUCGCCCCGUGGAUCAUAUGUCGAAAUGGGGGAGACAAUUGAACAUACAAAUCUUGAUGUUAUCGCGGUCGUUAGUGCUACUGGAAACAACACUCCGUAUGCGACUUGCGUCGCUCCAAAUAUGCGAUGGUCGACUCGGACUUGAAAGCCUCAAGCUUAAAGCUUCAGUACUGAGUACCGAGUACUUAGUACGUCUGUGAAGUGCCGAUGAAGUUUUCACGUAAAGCAAUGGUCUACAAUACGUUUGGUGAGUUACUGUACGAAAUGAAGAAAUGCGGACGUGAGUGCCGUCUCUCUAGCUGAGUGAUCAUCCAGCCUCUGACGACGAUCCAACGGUAAUUUCAUGCGGGCUUCUUUUCCAUGUAUUGCUUCCUGACGACCGAUGCCCCAUGUUCUCGGUAGCUAUAAGCUAUUUGAGAUAAUCUUUGGAUCAGUGUCGCUGUUUCAUGCCCUUUUUUUCUUAGGUGAUGCGAUAGGAUUGAAUUGCCAACUGCGGCGAUUAUGGCUUCCUCCCAGGUUUCGAGCCAUCCCACUACUCUCGUAAACCAUAUUCACCAUUCUGGGCGGUGGUGUUAAGCAAGCUCCGGCACACUGCGAUAAUGGGGGAAUGCCACGGGAAGGUGAAAGGUCUCGCCAAGAUCAGCGUGUCCUUGCGAACCCAACGAGACGGCACCACCUGCCCUUUUGUGCAUCUGACGGCCCUUCAGCUCUACGGCUCUCCGUGCGGUCUAUUCGUUGAGUAGACGCUUCUUCUUGCUAUAAAUGUGGCGAGUUCUCCACCCACCUCCUCUCCACUGGCCGUCGCAUUCACAACUUCUUGUACACGUCUCUAGGUUAUCUCACACUUGCUUUACUCUACCGUUCUGUAACACACGUUAUACCGUUACAAUGGGUUGGCGAAAUGCUUUCAAGAAACAAUACAAGCUGUUUUACAAUGCGGCCGCGCACACGAAGUUGUUAGCCGGUCUGGGAACGGCCAAAGCUGGCUCGAGGGCGUUCCCCAAUACUACCCGCGACAAAUCUGUCGGUUUCCGACUUGACUAUGGUGAACGCACAGGAGGCGGCUUGUACCGCAACUUAGUCUUGCAACUCAACAGAAAGUCCGACGUACCUACGCUCAGCAAGAAGGCUGAUGAGGACUCUCAUGCGAAGCGCUCAACCGUGAAGGUUGAGAUAGCGAACCCCCCUAGUGAUCCGGAUGCGCUCCUUGGCAUGCUCCUCGACAACGCCAUUGAUAAUUGAGAUGACGGGUAUUCCUUGCAUCGAUUUUCUGUAAUUCUCUGUGGUUCUCUCUCCGUUAUCAUCGUCUCGACCCGUCCUAUAAAUAGGUCUGUACAAUAGUUGAAGUCAAUAGCCGUCCAAUCCCCGCUCUAUGAAUGCACCUACCCCGUUACCUCGAAUGAUAUUUUAGUUUGGCCCAAAAACAUAUCUUCUGAAUUUUGCCGGCACACGUCAGUCUGAGGUUCGCAUUUCCAAACAUUCAACGGCGAUCCACCGUGGAACAAUGAGCUUGCGCCGGGUCCUCGUUGCUUGGGCUCAAUGAUACCUGGUCAUGUGCGGGUGCAAACCCUAGUCCAUCUACCCUCACUGUUAUUCGUUCAAUGCCGUCAGCGCUGUUGUUUCUGCCAAGAUCUGGAGUCGUCGCGUCUCUCUAUCAUUUGUGCCUGCUGGGAUUCCGACGUACAUCCCAUCGAACAAGGAUAGCAACAGUCUACACGCAUGAAGUGACAGCACAUGAUCCCAUGGCCACAGAUAAUAAUGUUCUCGUUUAUCU